AUGUCGGAUCCCCAACAAUGGCACUAUGGAAAAGAGAAGAUAGCUGACUGGGCCAACGUUCGCAAAACCACCAACUACCAAAGCAAUGGCCCUGUUACGGACGUCACGUCUUCCCAAAUGACAUGCUAUCAACUUGCCCCUGGCAACGAAGGCGCCACGACAGUAGAUAUCCAAGCGGGCUCAUCUGUAGCCUACAACGUCAAAACCAGUAUUACUCACCCUGGGUCGUUCAGCGCGUGGCUGGCCAAGGUUCCAGCUGGGGAGACGGCCGCAACCUACGAUGGGUCUGGGGCGAACUGGUUCAAAAUCUACCAAGACCAUCCCACCUUCAGCGCAAGCGGGCCUACAUGGCCUUCGCAGGGUCUUACCGCGGUGAACAUCCCAAUUCCUUCCUGCGUCGAAAAUGGCGAGUACCUGCUUCGUGCCGAACACAUUGCUCUCCACAGCGCGAGCUCUGUAGGGGGCGCACAGUUCUAUCUGAGUUGUGCCCAGGUCUCAAUCUCGGGCGGAUCUGGAACUGCUCAGCCAGAGCUCGUCUCGAUUCCGGGAGUCUACAAAGCAACAGAUCCUGGAAUUUUGAUCAACAUCUACUACCCCGUUUUGACCAACUACACUGCUCCUGGUCCGGCUGCUCUCCAAUGCUGA